AUGCAUAUUUUUUUAGGAUCAAGUUUAGGAUCAAGUUUGUUCUGUAUAUGUAUAUUCUCAGCAUAUUGCUUUGAUUUAUAUAUCAGUGUUAGUAGGUUUUACCUAUUCCUCUUUGUUUACCAAAUAGUACCUAUUACACUAUUUUUUAUGCUCCCAACCUUGUGCCUAUUUCUCAAUUUACAAUAUCAAGCAUUCAGGACACAUAAACUUUACUCUAUAAAGGAUUCUGACAGAUACAUCAUUUUUGGUAUUCUAUUAAUUUCCAAUCGUAAUAGUUUCUACUUAUCAUAUUGUCCUAAUGGCAGCUGGAACAAAUAUAUAAUAGGAUCCCAAAGACAAAAACGGUUUGGCGUACAUGAUUGUCCGUUGAUGAUGUUUGAUAUAUAA